GGUGAGGGAGGGAGUGAGUGGGUCUCCCAGGGGCAGGAGGAGCAGCAUCUCCGGCCGAGGAAGCAGAUGAAAGCUCCAGUGCUCAUCCCCUGACCCUCCUGCUUUAAUUCACCUCUAACCCCCCCUCACUCCACCCUCCACCCCUCCCCAGCUGAGGCUGAAGGUGCGUCUCCUUCCUCCAACCACCCCUGAGGGUGGUGAGGGGAGGGGAGGGAAGAAAGCAGUCCCCCAUUAUCUACCUUCCUACCUUGGACUGCUGCAGAGGAAGAUCCCAGGCAAACUAUUCCUGUUUUUGUUUGGUUGCUGGAGAAGCUGCAAGUGACAGCUCAAGGCUGCAAGUCAACUAAAUCCCCCCUCUUCAGUUGGGACGGGCGCCUGCGUCGAAUAGCCUGAGCCGAGGGAGCGUUCCCGAGGAGACCCCGGCCCAGGAUGCCUCCUCGCCCGUCCUCGGGGGAGCUAUGGGGCCUCCACUUGAUGCCCCCCCGCAUCCUGGUGGACUGCUGCCUGCCCAACGGGAUGAUCGUCACGCUGGAGUGCCUGCGGGAGGCCACGCUCAUCAGCAUCAAGCACGAGCUUUUCCGGGAAUCCCGCAAGUAUCCGCUUUUCCACCUCCUGCAGGAUGAAUCCUCGUACAUCUUUGUGGGAGUGACCCAGGAGGCGGAGAGGGAAGAGUUCUACGACGAGACCAGGAGGCUGUGUGACCUGAGACUGUUCCAGCCGCUCCUUAAAGUGAUUGAACCAGUGGGCAACAGAGAGGAGAAAAUCCUCAACCGAGAGAUAGGAUUCGCGAUCGGAAUGCCAAUCUGUGAGUUCGAGCUGGUGAAGGACUCCGAGGUUCAGGAUUUCCGGCGCAACAUCCUGAGCGUCUGCAAGGAGGCCGUGGAGCUGCGAGACGCCAACGGCCCCCAGAGCCAGUCCCUGUACGUCUACCCCCCCAACGUGGAAUCCACAGCGGACCUGCCCAAGCACAUCUACAACAAGCUGGAUAAAGGCCGCAUCAUCGUAACGAUCUGGGUGAUCGUCUCGCCAACCAACGACAAGCAGAAAUACACGUUGAAGAUCCCCCACGAUUACAUGCCGGAGCAGGUGAUCGCUGAGGCCAUCCGCAAAAAGACCAGGAGCAUGCACCUCUCCCUGGAGCAGCUGAAGCUUUGCGUCCAAGAGUACCAGGGCAAGUACAUCCUGAAGGUGUGCGGCUGUGACGAGUACUUGCUGGAGAAGUAUCCCAUCAGUCAGUACAAGUACAUAAGAAGCUGCAUUAUGAUUGGUCGGCUACCGCACCUGAUGCUGAUGUCAAAGGAGAGCCUUUACAGCCAGUUGCCGGCGAACACGUUUGUAAUGCCCUCAUACGCCCGCCGCAUUUCCACCGCCACCUCCUACAUGAACGGAGAGGUGCCCGCCAAAUCCCUGUGGUCAUUCAACAACCUCCUGCGGAUCAAGAUUCUCUGUGCCACCUACGUGAAUGUCAACAUCCGGGACAUUGACAAGAUCUAUGUGAGAACGGGGAUCUAUCAUGGAGGAGAGCCGCUAUGUGACAACGUCAACACGCAGAGAGUACCCUGCUCCAAUCCACGGUGGAACGAGUGGCUCUCGUACGAUAUCUACCUCAUUGACAUCCCGCGCGCCGCUCGCCUCUGUCUCUCCAUCUGCUCCGUCAAGGGAAGGAAAGGGGCUAAAGAGGAACACUGUCCGCUGGCCUGGGGGAACGUGAACCUAUUUGACUAUAUGGAUAACCUGGUAUCGGGGAAGAUGGCCUUGAACCUGUGGCCAGUGCCUCAUGGGCUAGAGGACCUACUGAAUCCCAUUGGAGUGACGGGAUCAAACCCCAACAAGGAAACCCCGUGCUUGGAGCUGGAGUUCAACUGGUUCAGUAACUCCGUGAAGUUCCCGGAUGCCGCGGAGAUUGAGGAACACGCUAACUGGAGCAUGUCGAGGGAGCUGGGUUUUAAUUACUGCCUGGUGGGCCUGAGCAAUCGCCUGGCGCGGGACAGUAAUCUGACUGACAGCGAUAUCGAGCAGCUGCGGAACAUCUAUAAUCGCGACUCACUGUCUGAGAUCACAGAGCAAGAGAAGGACUUCCUUUGGAGGCACAGACAUUACUGUGUGAACAUACCCGAGACGCUCCCCAAGUUGCUGCUGUCUGUGAAGUGGAACUCGCGGGAUGAGGUGGCUCAGAUGUAUUGCCUGCUGAAAGACUGGCCGCUCAUUAAACCGGAGCAGGCACUUGAGCUGCUGGACUGCAACUUCCCCGACCCGAUGGUGCGAGAGUUUGCGGUGAAGUGUUUGGUUAAAGGGCUGACCGAUGACCGCCUGUCUCAGUACCUCAUCCAGCUGGUUCAAGUCCUGAAGUAUGAGCAGUAUCUCGAUAACCCACUGGGAAGGUUCCUGCUGAAGAAAGCCCUGACCAAUCAGAGGAUAGGGCAUUUCUUUUUCUGGCAUCUGAAGUCCGAAAUGCACAACAAGACGGUGAGUCAGAGGUUCGGCCUGCUGCUGGAGUCCUUCUGCCGAGCCUGUGGCAUGUACCUGAAGCACCUGAUUCGGCAGGUGGAGGCCAUGGAGAAGCUCAUCAACCUGACCGACAUCCUGAAGCAGGAGAAGAAGGAUGAGACCCAGAAGAUGCAGAUGAAGUUCUUGGUGGAACAGAUGAGUCGACCAGAUUACAUGGAGGCACUGCAGGGAUUCAUCUGUCCUCUUAACCCUGUACAUCAACUGGGCAACCUGAGACUGGAAGAAUGCAGGAUCAUGUCCUCAGCUAAACGGCCCCUUUGGCUGAACUGGGAAAACCCAGACAUCAUGUCAGAGCUGCUCUUCACCAACAACGAGAUCAUCUUCAAAAACGGAGAUGACCUGAGACAGGACAUGCUGACACUACAGAUCAUUCGAAUCAUGGAAAAUAUUUGGCAGAACCAGGGCCUGGACCUCAGGAUGUUGCCCUAUGGGUGCCUGUCGAUAGGAGACUGCGUGGGGCUGAUUGAGGCCGUGAGGAGCUCCCACACGAUUAUGCAGAUCCAGUGCAAAGGCGGCCUGAAGGGGGCUCUUCAAUUCAACAGCCAUACGCUGCACCAAUGGCUGAAGGACAAGAACAAAGGGGAAGCGUAUGAUGCAGCGAUCGAUCUGUUCACCCACUCCUGUGCUGGAUACUGCGUGGCCACAUUCAUCCUGGGGAUUGGAGACCGGCACAACAGUAACAUCAUGGUGAAGGAUGAUGGUCAGCUGUUUCACAUCGAUUUUGGCCACUUUCUUGACCACAAGAAGAAGAAGUUUGGCUACAAGCGAGAGCGAGUCCCGUUUGUACUGACCCAGGAUUUCCUGAUUGUCAUUAGUAAAGGUGCCCAGGAAUGCACCAAAACCAAGGAGUUUGAGCUGUUUCAGGAGAUGUGCUACAAGGCGUACCUUGCCAUCCGGCAGCACGCCAACCUCUUCAUCAACCUCUUCUCCAUGAUGCUGGGCUCGGGGAUGCCUGAGCUCCAGUCCUUCGAUGACAUCGCCUACAUCCGCAAGACCUUGGCCCUGGACAAGAUGGAGCAGGAGGCCUUGGAGUAUUUCACGAAGCAGAUGAACGAUGCCCACCACGGUGGGUGGACCACGAAAAUGGACUGGAUCUUCCACACCAUCCGCCACAUGCCCUGAAAUGGACAUUCGACCAAGGGAGUCGAUGCAGACUGCGUAUUCUCUGAAGUCAGAGGCCCUGCAGGCAAGGGACCUGUUGUUACUGACUUGAAGUAGGGUUACCUUGGAAACCAGGCAACAUUCCUAACCUGGGGAUUGUCUAUAACUAAUCUCUUUCUAACACUACAUAUUAACCUUUCUCGCACCAACUAGGAGUUGAACUCUGAAUUGGGCCUGGGUGAAUUUUUUUUAUUUUUCUCUCUCUCUCCCUCCAUUGGAAGACGAUUAGUCGAGGGGUGUCCCAAGAGGGAGAAGUGGAUUUUGAGAUUACGUUCCGUCUUCAGCGACGCACACAAGCUGGGAACGAGGGUAGCGCUAGGAGGACCGAGGCUGCUGAAUCUCGGAGUCCAAAGAGCUCGGAGCUCAAUCCACGCUUCCAGCGCGCAGGUUUUCCACACCAGAACACACAGAGCCUCAAUUUCCCUCGUGUGGGAUUAGGAACCCCGAGGUUUAAAAAAAGAACAGCACCGAAAGAAACCCUAACUGGGCCCAGGGAAGGGAGAACUCUCCAAAAAACCCUUUUUGAUCCUUGUGGGGUUUCUGCACUCGGGGUUUCCUCGUCUCGAAGAAAAGGGAUCCGAUUUCUAAUUUCGGAAGGACCCAGAGACCCUUGAACUUUGAAGUGGCGAGGGUCCCUCACUCGGAGUUUACCCUGCGUAGCGGAUGAGGCGGUGAUGGUUGGGGAGAGAGCCCUUUUAUUUUGGAAGAGGGGGCUUUCAGAGACACACAACCUGGUUCUAAAAUCUGUUGUAAAACGGUCAGGCGAAGCUGUUGGACGGAUUGAAGAGCGUUCUGUUUA